UAGAAGAGGCGUGGAGAUGUCGGCCACCCUGGGGACAAAUGAAGCCCAAGGGGGGUCUCCUGCUGAAGUUGAAGUUGGUUGGUUGUUGGAUUGACCAGAUCCAUCUCUUCCCACCACCCCGCACGUAGUACUCAUAUAGUGUAUGUGUAGCUAGCUUCAAAGGGUAAGAGAUAAUGGAGCAGCACCAGGUGGGUGAUCACUCAUGUCCAUCGUCAAUAGAUAGCAGCAACCACCCUCCUUUCCCCUCUUCUUCUGGUGUUUCAAGCAAUAUUAAAAGAGAUUUGUGCACUGAUCUAAGAUUAGGUCUCAGCAUCUCACCCUCCACCACCCAUGAUAAUGACGACUGUUCCACUUCAAAUCAAAAACUUUCUCACUUGCUGGAGUUUGAUAUAACUAGUUCAUCCUGGGCGCCAAUCAAACGAGUGUUAAGGAGUAGAGUUGCAGAUAAUUACGUGCAGGAGCAGGAGCGGCAUGACAAUAGUGCAUCUUUGUUUGUGAAGGUUUACAUGGAAGGAAUACCAAUCGGUAGAAAAUUGGAUGUGUAUGCGCACGGUGGUUACAAGGCAUUAAUAUCAACUCUUGCAAAUAUGUUCAAGACCAGCAUUCUGUGCCCAGAUAUGGAUGGUGUUCAUUGGAAUAAUAUUAGACAAGAGAAACAGCAUGUUUUAACUUAUGAAGACAAAGAAGGAAACUGGAUGAUGGCUGGAGAUGUUCCCUGGGAGAUGUUCCUUCCCACUGUGAAAAGACUAAAGAUAGCAAGAGCAGACAGAGAUUAUUCAUUCCUCAUCAUGCAGCAACAGUAGUCUCUUAUUUGGUAUAUAUAUGUAUACACAUACCCCAAUGUAAUGUAAUUAAUUGCAGAAGCAACAAAUGUAUUUAUUCAUUGCCAUGCAAUUGGGCUUUGAAUGCAGGUCACCAUCAUUUCUCUC